GAUGGGUGGCCUAUCAAACAAUGUCCAUACCGAUAUUCACCAGCCGAAAAGAAGUUUCUAGAAGAAGAAAUAAAAGCUAUACAGUUAAGAGGAUUCCUUGGAUUGGUAUCUUAUUAUUGGCAAUUUAUAUCCGGAUUCACUAAUAUCGCAGGAUCUCUAAACGCUUUAUUAAAGAAAAAUGUGAACUAUCAUUGGACUACCCGACAGCAAGAAGUGUUUGAAGAGCUUAAAAGUAAACUCGUGACUGCUUCUAUCUUGGCUUAUCCAAAUUUUGAAAAACUCUUCAUUCUUUUUAUGGAUGCUUCUGAUAUAGCUUUAGGGGCUAUACUUUCGCAGCUUGAUACGGAGGAUAAGGAAGA